GGCAGCGCCAUGGCGAGGUUCCUGAGGGCCGAUGUGGCCGCCGCCGGAGUUGUGCUACUUUGUCACUUCUUCAGCGACCGCUUCCAGUUCGCCGAAGGGGAGUCUGGAAAGCGCAUCGAUGGCUGGCAGUAUGAAGUUGCCCCCACCUUUCCAGGAGCAGAAGAAGUGGAUGUGGAUGCGCAUGCGUACAGCCACCGCUGGAAAAGGAACUUGGAUCCUCUGAAGGCGGUAGACACAAACCGAGCAAGCAUAGGCCAAGACUCUCCAGAGCCUCGAGGUUUCACCGACCUGCUCCUGGACGAUGGGCAGGACAACAACACACAGAUUGAGGAGGACACUGAUCACAAUUACUAUUUAUCUCGGAUAUAUGGUCCAUCAGAUUCUGCCAGCCGGGACUUGUGGGUGAACAUUGACCAAAUGGAAAAAGACAAAGUGAAGAUUCAUGGAAUUCUGUCCAACACUCACCGCCAAGCUGCAAGAGUGAAUCUGUCCUUCGAUUUUCCAUUUUAUGGCCAUUUCCUACGUGAAAUCACUGUGGCAACUGGGGGUUUCAUAUACACGGGAGAAGUUGUACAUCGAAUGCUCACGGCCACUCAGUACAUAGCACCUUUAAUGGCAAAUUUUGAUCCCAGUGUUUCCAGAAACUCAACAGUCAGGUAUUUUGACAAUGGUACUGCACUUGUUGUCCAGUGGGACCAUGUACAUCUCCAGGAUAAUUACAAUUUAGGCAGCUUUACGUUCCAGGCAACUCUUCUCAUGGAUGGACGCAUCAUCUUUGGGUACAAAGAAAUUCCUGUCUUGGUCACACAGAUAAGUUCUACCAAUCACCCAGUGAAAGUGGGGCUGUCAGAUGCAUUUGUCGUUGUCCACAGGAUCCAACAAAUUCCCAAUGUUCGGAGAAGAACAAUUUAUGAAUACCACCGAGUAGAACUACAGAUGUCAAAAAUCACAAAUGUCUCUGCAGUAGAGAUGACUCCACUACCCACAUGCCUGCAGUUUAAUGGUUGUGACUCCUGUGUAUCCUCUCAGAUUGGAUUCAAUUGCAGUUGGUGCAGUAAACUUCAAAGAUGUUCCAGUGGAUUCGACCGUCAUCGACAAGACUGGGUAGACAGUGGGUGUCCUGAAGAGUCAAAAGAAAAGAUGUGUGAGAAUGCGGAUUCAGUGGAACCUUCUCAAACCACCACAACUCUACACACAACAGCGACCCAAUUCAGAGUCUUAACUACCACGAGGAGAGCAACCACCUCCCAGCUGCCCACCAGCCUGCCCACAGAAGAUGACACCAAAAUAGCUCUUCAUCUCAAAGAUAAUGGAGCCUCCACAGAUGACAGUGCUGCCGAGAAGAAAAGCGGGAGCCUCCGCGCCGGCCUCAUCGUGGGCGUCCUCAUCCUGGUGCUCAUUGUAGCCGCAGCCAUCCUGGUGACCGUCUACAUGUACCACCACCCCACGUCGGCAGCCAGCAUCUUCUUCAUUGAGAGACGUCCAAGCCGAUGGCCUGCGAUGAAGUUUCGAAGAGGUUCAGGUCAUCCUGCCUAUGCUGAAGUUGAACCAGUUGGAGAGAAAGAAGGUUUUAUUGUAUCAGAGCAGUGCUAAAAUUUCUAAGACAGACUAGCACCAGUACUGGCUUACAGGUGUUAAGACUAAAAUUUGCUUAUAUCUUGAACACACACACACACACACACACACACACACACACACACACACACACACACCUAAGCUGCUAUAGCCUGAAGGAAAAAAGAUUUCUGGACACACCCAAUUCAGGAAGGGUAAAAGAUACACUAACUCUUGUACAAGACAUCAUGUACACUAAACAUAAAAUUCCCUAAUGGGAUGACAUCCAGAGUUCACUUGGAAUAUCUCCUUUGGACUUAGCAGAAAUAUGACAAGAUUAAAAUGCUUUUGGCUUUAGGUGCAGGGCUACAAAGGAACUGAGAGAAAAAUAAUAAUAAUAAUAAAGCUUUAGUUCACAAGGGAUCUACAACCUUUGGUUCAAAUGUUCUUCUCUGAGGUCUCAAAGAUAACCAUGUUCCAAAGGCUGGAACUCUUUCUCUUGAAAGAGUACUGAUGACGUUUCGAAAUUACUGAGCAUAGCUCAUAUGGGAACAAAACCAAACCCAAGCUAAGAGCUUUUCUAUCUUUUCUAAACAGACCUGUGGCAAAAGGAGCUUGGUUUUCUACUCUUGAUCCAGAUGCUGCAACAAGUUGAUUACUUUAUGGGACGAAUCUUUCAUCUGCACAGGAGAUUUAAACUAUGCGUAUUUCUUCCUUGAUAAUGAAUGUCCCUUCUGAGGCCUGUGACAAACUUUCCUAGCUUUUAGCUAAGAGAUAAGAAGGAGAAAGUAACAGAGGAGGCUUUCAUACUCCUGCCUCAGCACUGAUUUGUUUUAAGAAGUAUUACCUCUUAUUUCCCAUCUAUUAAAUACUACCAAGCCAACCAUCACUCUUGGCUGAUGGAAAUAACAGGAAAUAAUCAAGAGUUCCUUGAUCAUUUUUGAGACAAAACUGUUAAGGGACAUUAUAGUUGCUGUUUUUUUUUUUUUAAGUUUUGCAAUUUCUGUAAGCAAAGCCCAUUUCAUUGUGGAUUCCUGUCUAACAAGCCAUUCAAGUCAGCAUAUUCCUGAUGACAGAAGAAAUGAAUGAACCCUGCUGAACCAUACAAUAAUUUUCUUUAAAGCACAUAAUAGUUACAUAAAAAAUAUAUAAAUAUAUUUUUGUUUAUAACUAACACAAGGCAGGCUCUUGUGACUGUUAAGAGUGCAUUUUGUCAUUGUGACAACACAAAUGCAAGAUAUAUCACUGCAUUGCUUCCAUAGAGUUGUAAAAUAAUCUUUAAUGGUAGAAUAUUUUUAUGUCAUUUAGCAAAGAUGGUUCAAUUAGAUGCAACAUCCAUUAUUGUCCUGCCUUAUUUGAUCCACUCUUCCACUCCUACCAACCCCUUCCUUCUUUAGUUCAAGGAAGAACAUGCAAAAGACUCUGAAGAUGGAACUACUGUUGGCCAGCUAAUCAAGUUUUGAAAAUUUCACUACACAUGAAGAAAGGAAAGGUUUUGUUGAGAAGGAAAGUAGUUAAUGCUUAUACAUACCACCUAGUAUUUAAAUUCAGACAUGGUGUGUACAAUUUCAUCAACAUUCUGACCCCAUUUUUAUAUUCUGUGCCAAGAAACUGUUGGCUCAGUGUUUGCAGAUCUCAAAAAGGAGAGAGGUCUCAAAAGUAGCGCCUUACUAACUGUGUAGAAUUUGCACACAAUGUCUGUAUUAGACGGCAUCCGUGAACUAACAAGAGUAUCAGCGCUACAACUGUCUGACAUAAACAAGUGCUGUUUUCUGCUAUAGGUUUUUUGGGGUUUUUGGGGUUUUUUUGUUAUUUUGCUUUACAUUUUUAAAUGUCUGGUGAACAGUAACUUUUUCUCUAGCCUAUUUCUUUAAUAACAGCAAAAUUGAAAAUAUAGGUGAUAGGAGAAUGUGAGAAUAAUAUUGGCUGUAGCUAUAUUCAGUUUAUAUGAUAGAGCCCAACUUGUAGAAUAGGUUUGGUCAGAUAGCAAUAACUAAAUGACUCACCAAUGUAACUGAUACAACUGCUCUUGUACAGAUACAUAAGGGACACCAGGACAACUUCUUUUGGGGAUCAGAUGAUGCUUUGCCAUAGGCUUUGGCAGUGGGUAUGACUUCCAACAGUAAAUGAUUAGCACUGAGAGGGAUGUCUGCAUACCUAUCUGACUCUUUGCACAACUCCUUUAUAAAAUCAUGUUAUCUUUCUGUGCUUCAGAGCUCAUCUUCCAUUUCCAAUUCAAACAAAUUGGUAAUUCCUUUGAAAUAAAUAAAUAUAUAAAUGAACAACCCUGAAUUCUUCAGUGAAACAUAGCACUGAGUAAUAAAAGAAUAUUUUUCUGGAAAGUUGGAUGAGUUUCCUAAGGGAGUUAAGAUGAAAGGAAGUGAGACAGCUCGGUUGUCUAUACAACGGUGAAUCGUUGACUCAGUCCUUUUCUUUUCAUGAAACUUGCCUUCUCUUUGUACCUUCUGAUUUGUUCUUGGAGCCCAUUUGGUGGAAAGAAGGGCAAGCACACACUUUCUGGGUUUUUCAGAAUGAUCACCAAUGCUUUGGGCUUUAUACUUAUUGUGUCUUAAAGAGGGCAUUAUAAGUGUGCAGGUCUCUGUGUGCUGUGGCCAUUGAGAAAGUUUAAUAACGACAAUUUUAAAAUAACACAGGGAAAACACUUAAACUUUAGAGAAAUCAGGUAAAUGGUGCUAUAGAGGAAUAUACUAAUUUCACCUUAUUUAUAUAAAAAGGAAUAAUUAGUUUAAUAAAGAUAUUUAAAAGCCAAGAACAAUACCUCAAGCCAACCAGAUUGUAUGGACCAUCAUAUCUGUUUUUGAAAUAUUUUGACAUUAAGAUAUGCCAACAAAUAGAACUUAAGAUAAAUGACAAGGUAUUGUUCACAAUUUUUACUUUGGUUUGGGGCACUGAGGGAAUUUGCUAACCCUACACACAUAUUAUCUGGAAUGGUGCUGUCCAAUAUUAUAUCCACUAACCAGCUGGGGCUAGUAACUUGGAGGGGACCCAUAAAGCAAUGACAGGAAUAUCAGGUGACAUAGCUUUGAGUCUCCAUUAUGUCAUCUUGGGGAAAUCACAUCAACUUCCAUGACACUCCAUUUGCAAUUUUGGAAAAUAAAAAUAUUUUUUUCCUGUCUUCUUCC